AGGCAAGAACCACACACAGACCAUGUCGACGGGAAAGGCUUUCAAGGUGCUGGUUACCCAUCCCGAGGUGCCGCAGGCGGGCAUCGAUCUGUUGAAAGAGAACUGCGAGAUUAUCCAAGUGGAGAGUUUGCCCACCAACCGGGCCGAGCUUCUGGAGAAGAUCAGGGGCGUCGAUGGUGUUCUCUGGGGCGGACAUGAACCCCUCAAUGCCGAGGUCCUGGAUGCUGCCGGUCCCCAACUGAAAUCCAUCUCCACCAUCUCGGCGGGCAUCGACUAUGUGGAUGUGCCGGAAGUGAAGAAGCGCAAGAUUCCCCUUGGACACACGCCAACGGUAUUGAACACAGCUGUCGCUGAUCUGGCUGUGGGUCUCCUGAUCGCCGCUGGCCGUCGUUUCCAUGAGGGACGCAGGAAGAUCGAAACCGACAACUGGGAGAACUACCAUCUGAACUGGAUGCUGGGUCAGGAUAUCCGUGACUCCACCGUUGGUUUCUUCGGGUUCGGAGGCAUUGGCCAGGCCAUUGCCAAGCGUCUGUCCGGUUUCGAUAUCAGCCAAGUGCUCUACACCACCCGACGACGUGUCCACAAGGAGAUUGAGGAGGAGUUGAAUGCCAAGAAGGUCGACUUUGACACCCUUCUGGCCCAAAGUGACUUUAUUGUCAUUGCCUCUCCCCUGACAGCUGACACGCAGGGCGUGUUCAAUGCCACCGCCUUCAACAAAAUGAAGCAGACCGCCGUUCUGGUCAACAUUGGUCGCGGCAAAAUCGUCAAACAGCAUGAUCUUUAUUUGGCUCUAAAGUCCAACCGAAUCUUUGCCGCUGGUCUGGAUGUCACAGAUCCCGAACCAAUGCUUGCCACUGAUAGACUUCUGGCUCUGGAGAACGUUGUUAUCCUGCCCCACAUUGGAUCCGCCACGAAUCGCACUCGUGCCGAAAUGGCCACCAUUGCCGCCCACAAUGUGCUCCGUGGAUUGGUUGGAGAGCCCAUGCUGUCGCCCGAGCAAGAGGCAAACGGAGCUGAGUGCAAAAGCUUGCAAAUUGUUUUGGGCUGGGUUGGGUUGUGGGAAAAUUUUCCAUUGAGCAUUUCAUUGCUGCCUCUGCCCCGCGCUAGUUCGUUGUCCAUGUCGACUGUUCGCGCCGCCACCAGCGCCGCCUUUAAGGUGCUCAUUUCGCAUCCAAAUGUGCCAGCGCCGGCCCUGGAACUGCUCCGAUCCCGCGGGGCGGAGACCAUAAUCUGCCAGAGUGUGCCGCCAUGCAGGGAGGAGAUUCUACAGAAGUUGCCCGGCGUAGAUGCGAUCUAUUGGGCCCACUAUCAGCCACUGAAUGCAGGCAUACUGGACGCGGCUGGACCACAACUGCGGUGUGUCAGCACCAUGUCAUCGGGCAUUGAUUUUGUGGAUGUGCCGGAAGUGAAGAAGCGCAAGAUUCCCCUGGGUCACACUCCUGGCGUGGUGAAGAAUUCGGUGGCGGAUCUUUCCAUUGGCCUGAUGAUUGCAGCGGGUCGGCACUUCCAUGCCGGUCGCAAUGAUAUCGAGAGUUCCCAAUGGAAAACGGAGCUGAUUGACUGGCGGAUGGGCCAGGAGAUACGCGACUCUGUCAUCGGUUUCUUUGGCUUUGGCGGCAUCAGUCAGGCCAUUGCCAAGCGGCUCCAGUGCUGGGAUGUGGCCAAAAUCCUCUAUCACACACGCACCCGCAAGGAGAACGAGGGGGAGUUCAACGCGGAACAUGUACCCUUCGAGCGGCUGCUGCAGGAGAGCGACUUCCUGGUGGUUGCUGCACCACUCACGGACGAGACGCGCGGCAAAUUCAAUGCCAAAGCCUUUGCACUGAUGAAGUCCAGCGCCGUGUUUGUAAAUGUGGCCAGAGGGGGUCUCGUCAUUCAAAGCGAUCUGCACGAAGCUCUGACCAAGGGGCAGAUCUUUGCAGCUGGCUUGGAUGUCACCACACCUGAACCGUUGCCUGCUGAUGAUCCCAUACUGAAGCUGCCCAAUUGCGUUAUACUGCCCCAUUUGGGAACGCAAACAAUGAAGACAACCAUCGAAAUGAGUCUGCUGGCGGCCAACAACAUUAUAAAUGCCAUUGAAGGAAAGCCCAUGAUUAGGCCUGCAUAUUGAAGGAUUAAAUUAACUAAGAAGGACUACGAAAUUAAGUCGUCAGUUGAGACAUUUUAAGAGGCAAAUUGUAACCCAGAAAUUGAGAUAUUUGAAUACUGUACCAAG